AUGUCACGAGUAGCCCCGCGACAGAUCGGUAAUGUCUGCUACCGAUGCGCUUUCACACCAGCACCUACAAUUGCCAAACAAGCCUUUGUUGGCGGAACCCUCCUAGCCAGUGUUCGCCAGGGCCGAAAGUCGACGACAAGGGCCUCAAGUGUACGGUGGGCUGCAACCUCGUCGACGUAUCCAGAUCUCAACAUCCAGCCUGCCGAUGCCGAAAAGGUCCCUAGACAAUUGACUGAUCCAGCACAACUGGCCAACAUCGUGGAGAGCACCAAGACGAAAUUUCUUUCGACAGAUGGAAUUCCGGCGCAUCAGUUGACGACUGCGGCUCUCGAGACGUGCCUCAAGGCUGCCCAGGCCCUCCAGCCUCAAAUCCACAGAGCCGAGGCUCAGUCACGGGCAUCAACAUCAAAGCUCGUAGAGCUCGGAGCAGAGCGAACAGGCCAAAGACCAAGUUUCAUGGAUGCGCAACUCACCGAUAGCGUUAAGAAGAUCUCGUACUCGGCCUACGCAAUCAUUUCGCAACCAAACGUCGAGAUAAAACCUGCCUUCCUUGAGCUCUACGUUGCCAUUCAAUCCGCACUGGGUCGACCCGAGUCUCUACCCGCUGUAUUUGAGAUGUUUGCGACCAAGAAGAAGCCCGUCGUCAAGAACGGGGUAGUUCAGUAUGUGGCUUCGAACCCUAAUGCUGCAGUUAAGGCCAUUGAGAAGGAUGUUGCGGAUAUGGCCCUGCAAACUGCUAUUGAUGCCAAGAACCUAGACUCAGCGCUGGGUGUUGUGGAGGCUUCAUUCAGUCUUCCUGCGUUCAAGCGCCAGAAGCUUAUCAAACACUCCACUACCCCUGCCCUCGCCCUUGGAAGUCUCCCUUUUGGCAUUUUCGGUCUUGCAUCAGCAUAUGCCACCUACUGGCAGAACACCAUGGAUAUCUCCACCGCAACAGGCAUUGGUAUCGCCGGCAUCUCUGGAUAUUUUAUGGUUGUUGGAUCAAUGGGCAUGAUCGCUAAGUUGAGUGCCAAGGACCAGAUGAGACGUGUGACCUGGGCGCCCGGUACACCAUUGCGCAUGCGAUGGCUGCGGGAAGAGGAGCGAGCCGCACUGGACAAGAUUGCUUGUGCCUGGGGUUUCAAAGAGCCUUGGAGGCAUGGAGAGGAGUCUGGCCCUGAGUGGGAGGGUCUCAGGGAGUACAUGGGUUAUCGUCAGAUGAUUCUUGACCGAGUUGAGUUUAUGGAGGGUAUGAGCUAG